AUGGAUUCCAAAGAUAUACCUGUUGAAUAUAAGCGCCAACAAGCAAAACAAUUUGAUCAAAGCUAUCAAAAAUCAAUUUUACUCACUUGUUUGGAAUCUGAAUCGAAUUCUCCCGAGUUCACGAUGCCAGCAGAAACAAUGAACCAAACUAUUUCUUCGUCUUCGUCAGCUACACUUGUUCAGGAUUUGUUUACAGAAUUGGAUAGGUACCCAAUUACGUCAUCGGCAGAGGCUCCGCCACCUCCAAUUGAGCAAGCUUGCGAUUCUUGUCGAAAACGCAAAUUGAAAUGUUCAAAGGAGUACCCACGUUGUUCAAAAUGUAUACAACACAAAUGGUGCUGUUCCUAUAGUCCAAGAACCGUAAGGAGUCCAUUGACUAGAGCUCAUUUGACCGACGUAGAAAACAAACUUCACAAAUUGGAAGAAAUCUUUACUUGGGUUUUGCCUAAUAACUAUAGAGUAGAUGAAUUACUUGAUGGAGAUUACGAAAAAUUAUUAAAACCGAUAAAAGAGCAAUUGCAAAAUAUGAACCUGGAAAAUGGUUCCAAAUUUACAAUAACAGCACCACCAGUACCAGCACAAGCACCAACAACAACGACAACGACAACGACGACAACGACAACAACAUCAUCAUCAACAUCAUCAUCAUCAAGAGUAACGUCAGUGGCAAGUUCAAAAAAAAAAUUCGAUGAGGAAGUAGAACAAGAACCAAUUGCAUCUUGUACAGAAUCGCUAACCCAAUCACCCCCUGUUUUUGAAAAUGCAUUGAACAACACGUGUUCUUUGCCUUUGUUUCAAUCAAAGUCCCAUCCAAAUCACUCAACCCAAUAUAUGUUUCCCGGUGACAGGUAUAAGAUAAAACAAGAGAUUAUGGAUGAUUUCGAAUUAAACAAUAUACCAACAAGACCAACGUCUGUACCAAGCAAAGACCUAUUUGAAACAUAUCUUGGCAAUGAUCUUACUAUGGACAAUGGUUCAAAAAUACUGGGCAAUAAUGCAACUGUGCCCAAUCAAAUUAGAAAACAGAGUGGUGGUGGAGCUAAUCUACCCUCAUCGUCACUUUUCCAGCCAUCGUUAAACACAACCACUGAAAACUCGUUAUUGACUUCGCCGUCGUCAAUACUUAGUUUGAGUUCUUGGAAUAAUGAUGAGGCUUAUGAUGAAGAAAUGAAACAACCAAAAUCCUACAAGAAAAUGAAAUUAGAGAAGAUGGAUUUUAAUAUUGACGAAGAUACAUUUGUACAACAACAACAACAACAACAACAACAACAACAACAACAACAACAACAACAGCAGCAGCAGCAGCAGCAACAGCAACAACAACAGCAGCAACAACAACAGCAACAACAGCAACAAGAGUCACAGCAGCAAUCUCCUGUUCAAUCGCCACAAAGACCACAAAUACAAAUGUCUAAUACCAACUUCCAAAACUCUUUUUUCAACUUCCUUUCGCCAGCUGUUCCUAAAGUAGCUUCAUCUGCCAAUGACAAUUUUGAUUUAAUUUUUGAUAUGUGA